UCGAAUUUAGAAGUUAAAGCAUACAAUAAAAUCUGUGCAUUACUAUUGAAAUAAUCAAAACUAUUUACUAAGUAAAUGGACGUGUUGCAGUGCCAAAAUUUUAUGUGAAUAUACUUAAUUUCGUGUGUGCUUUAGCCCUAAAAGGAUUAAUCUUGUUAUCUACUGCAUAAUUUACGUAGGUGGUUUAAUUGUGCUAAGUACAGUAAAUGAUAACCUACCUUCGAAAGUAUAGUAAAUGAUAUAGUAAUACCACUAAUUAUAAUUCGUAAUUUCGUGUUUAAUUUUGUUAAUUUCACAAAUGUGUUUGGUAAGACAGAGGAAUAAGGUUUCUGAUGCAUAUUUAUGGCUGUGUUGGGGUAACAGCGCCAAUUAACGUAAUUUGGAAGUACAACCCUAACAUGAUAGGGUGGAUAUGAGUACCUACGUUGGAAAAGUUGACAUUUACAACCCUGUAAUCUAAGAUUCUAUUUCCGACGACCCGGGUCUAUUUGUUCAUAUAUACAGGGUGAUCGCUCAUGUAAGAGAUAGUGACGUUUGACGUUUAGGUUAAGAUUUGAUGAUUCCUGAUUUUUUCCAACCAUGACAAUUUAAAACACCGAAUCAGAAUGUUAAAAAACUAACGGCACGCUUGUAACCCACCCCCACAAAUUCGACAAAUAUGCCAACGGUUAGCAGACUAGACAAAUUGUACAAAAAAAUGAUCUUCCACAAGUUUUUCACAAGAGGGUGGGGCGAUCCCGAUUGUUACGACAAAUUUUUUGAAUUCCGUAAGGUCAUUUGCAAAAGAGAAGAUGCCUACAAGCUAAUACCCAUUGAUUAUCCCGUUAAUAUCCAUCACGAAGAGAUUGAAUCCGAAUAUCACAUUAUCAACGGUAGCUUUAAGACCCCAUUGGUGUCUUUUAUCCCAGAAGUGGUACCAAAGGUUGUCGAGAACGCUUAUUUUCAAUUAAUCAUUCCGAAAAAGUGGAAUUCCGAAUUCAAACCCAUUUGUAUACAUUACGCUGCUACCGGGGAUCAUUUUUUCUGGCGUCGCCGAAAUAUAAUGGCAAAACCCCUUUUGAAAUCCGACAUAGGCUCGAUAAUUUUGGAGAAUCCUUAUUACGGAUUGAGGAAACCCAAAGAUCAGUUUCGUUCCAGCCUUCAUUACGUUUCGGACAUUCUUGUGAUGGGCGGUUGUCUGAUUUUGGAGAGUUUGGUGUUACUUCACUGGUGCGAAAAAAUGGGUUUCGGACCACUAGGACUGACAGGACUGUCAAUGGGGGGUCAUAUGGCAUCGUUAGGAGCCAGCAACUGGCCCAAACCGUUGGUUCUCGUUCCCUGUCUGUCCUGGUCGACAGGGUCAUCUGUUUUCACAGACGGCGUCCUUAGUGAAGCUAUUGACUGGGACCUGCUGCAAAGACAAUACUGUGCCAAUAGCAAAUUCUGCGAAGUCUUGUCCAAACAGCUGAGAAUUGUUGAUGACCCUUUUACAAAACCAAAUUGUCACGUAGAUUUCAGUACAAAACCGUCAGAACUCCUCAACACUCCUCACGAUAUGGUACAGCUUUUAAAUCAUAGAAAACCAGAAGUUCCUUACUAUUCUAGUAAUUCGACUAGAGUAAAGCAAAGGAUAUCAAUCAAUUGGCCGUUUUACAACCAGAAGAUUUCGUAUGCAGCCCUCAAAGAGUCUUUUAAUGUGAAAGAGAAAAAUCGCGAAGCGGUUUGGUUUAUGAUAGGCGUGAUGGAUGAAUUUACGCAUUUGAAAAAUUAUUCUGCUCCAUUUGACACGUCAUUAGUGAUAGCCAUCUGUGCAAAAAGCGAUGGAUAUGUCCCGAGAGACGGCUGUUCCCGAUUGGAGGACUUGUGGCCUGGAGCAACUGUACGCUAUCUGGAUACGGGUCAUGUUGGCGCUCACAUAUGGUAUGGAAAAUCAUUCCGGCAAGCCAUUACAGACGCUUUCGAGAAAGUCAAAAGAAAAAUCAGAACCAUGUCGAAGGAAGCAAUCUAACUCUUCAUUUUGUUUUUGUUUUCUAAUCUAAGAUUAAACUUGAAGGCGUUUUGUCUUGUUUAUGGAAUAAAAAUUUAUCUAUUUUAUGUAAUAUGCAACAAAAAUCAAUAAUAAAU